AUGAUUGGAGAGAAAGGAAUGCAAGUUCGUAAGUCUUCCAGAUCCCGCAACCACGCAGCUGAGGCUAAGGAAUUGUUAACACAGUCAACUAACGAGGAAUUAGGAUUUAACGCUUCCGAAAGGAAGUUAAAAAAGAGAAAAACGAAUGUUACUAAAAAUGAAGUAGAACAUUCAGACAGGAUAGACCCGGUGGAAAAACUUCUCAGUUUGAACAAUCCGAACACUGAAAUAUUAAUGAACUUUGAUGAGGAAGUUGGCUUUGAUUCGCAGAGAGAGAUACCGACAGGUGCUCAAUCAGAUGGCCAUCUGAUCUCAUUGAAUUUCACCAAAGUACUCAACGACAAUUUGAGAUCUUAUUAUUCAAAUUUUAGGCGUAGCCCUAUAGAGGUUUACAACGAUAACUCAUCAUUUUCUGUUCUCAACCAUAGGUUGCCAGUUGAUCAAGAAAAAUUAGAAGAUAGAGGAAAACAGUAUAAAACAAAAGACCAGUGCCUUCAAACACCAGAAGUUCCAUUCUUCAAAAAUGUGAAUUUUAAUCCCAAACAACUGUCUUACACUUUAGAUCAAUACUUUUCAUACGACGAAUUGACAUCUGAUAACGAGGAAGCUGGAAAAGAAAGCUCCGAGUCCCCUGAUCCCAAAACACCAACUUCAUUAACUAGUAAUGACUUCGCACCUAAAAUGAGCUUUCACUAUAGACAUAACAACAACCUAAAUUUAUCCUUGAACAAAGCUGCGAAUGAACAACCUUUGGAUGUAUUUAAGAUCUUAAACCAAAGAUCUGUUUUGAGCGGAAGAGCCAGUGAAAUGAUUAGUACUGGCAACUUCCUAAUUAAUGAUUUUUUCUUAUGA